AGCCGCCUCGGCUCGAGCUCUCCCGCUGCCAGGUGCCCGGCCCAAGGAUUGGGCGGAAGCAGCGGAACAUCUGCAUAAACAUACAUUUUCGGAGAGCCGCGCGGGAGUCUUGGAUGGGCGUGGGGCCACGCCCCGGCGGCGACUCCAGCGCCGCCCCUGGCGUGUUGUCACCGCGCGCUGGGGAGUGGGGUCCGGCGCCGGUCCAAAAAAUCCGUAAGGACGUCCGAAAGUAGUUGUUCCUGGCGAUUCACUUUUCGGGAUCACUUGUUCUUCGCGGGGGGGGUGGGGGCCCGGAUGGCGCAGCAGCAGUGCAGCCCGCGGGGCGCCAAGCGGGCACGCCUGCUCGGGGACGGUCGACGGUCCGAGGCGGAGGCGCUGGGCGCCGAGGCCGCCGGCGCCGCGGAGGAUGCAGCCCUCGAGCGCCCCCCGAUCACGCCGCUGCAGAGGCUCUGCGAGCCGAGGGCCUCGGGCGGCGCUGGCGCCUCGAAGAAAGAUCUGAAUCUGCUGGUCCAGCACGGCUUGCACUGCGUCGAGGGCGCCGCGUUCACGCCCCUGCGCAAGCUCAGGCAGAUUGAGGGCCUCAGCGAGGACAGGGCUCGCGCCAUCUCGGAGGCGGCGUGCCGCAUGGUGGGCGGCCACAUGGUGAGCGCUCUCGCGAUGAUGCAGGUGCGCCAGAGCGUCGUGCGGCUCACCACCGGCGCCGGCCAGCUCGACGGGCUGCUGCGGGGCGGAGUGGAGACCGGGCAGAUCACGGAGCUAUUCGGGGAGUCUCGCAGCGGCAAGACCCAGAUCUGCCACACACUGUGCGUCGCCUGCCAGCUGGGCGUGGAGAACGGCGGCGCGGCCAGCAAGGCGCUCUACAUCGACACCGAGGGCACCUUCCGGCCCGAGCGGCUCCAGAGCAUCGCCGCGCGCUUCGGGCUGGACCCCGAGGAGGCGCUGGAGAACGUCACGUACGCCCGGGCCUACUGCACGGAUCACCAGAGCGAUCUGUUGGCGGAGGCCGCGGCCUUGUUCUCGGAGUCGCGCUACGCGCUCCUGGUGGUGGACAGCGCCACGGGCAUCUUCCGCACGGAGUACUCAGGGCGAGGCGAGCUCGCGGAGCGGCAGCAGGCGUUGAACGGUUUUUUCCGCAAGUUGCGGCUGUUGGCCGACCAGUACGGCUUGGCCGUCGUUGUCACCAACCAGGUCAUGUCUUCCCCGGACGGGGGCCCAGCGUACAUGGGGCCGCAGGUGCAGCCUGUGGGCGGGCAUGUCAUUGCGCACGCGAGUCAGGUCCGACUGGCCAUCCGCAAGGGCAAGGGACGCAACCGUAUCUGCAAGGUAGUCGACUCGCCCGACACCAGGGAGGCAGAGGCCGGCUUCAUGAUCAGCAUUGGUGGCAUCGUCGAUGCGGAGCAGUAGUUCUGAGAGAUGGGGAUUCGAUGUGUGGUUUAGCACAGGGUUCAAUUGAUUUCGCAUGCAUUUGUAAGCUGCGUGAUGUGGCGGACAUUGGUUUGGGCCUAUAUGGACCAGUGCCACUACUGGCCACUUGCCAGUCGUUCGCCGAGGAGUCUCGCCUCCGGGAUCCUUUCUGGCGCUGUCCACAGUUCAAAAUUGAAUGCGGACAACAUGUGCAGGUGAUCUCAAGUGCGCGGCUCGACGAAGCGCGCCUUGACAGCAACGGUCUGCAUGUGAUAUUGGUUGAUCCAGUUGACGGUUCAGCAUGCAUUCUCGUUCUUCGCAGAGUCAAAUCUCGUGGCCAGCGCUCGGAAUUGGCUGAAUUCUCGAGAUGGAUUGGGCAAUCUCUCGUAAAAGGCAGUUUCAUCAUAAGGAAGCCAGUGGCGUCGUG